AUGGGCGAGCGCCGGGGCUGGGGCUUGUCCCCCGCCUCGCUGGUGCUGCUCGGCCUCACUUUGGCCGUGGGGACCCGCUCGCUGCCGCUCUCGGACGCGGGCCCGCACGUCAACUACGGCUGGGGGGAGCCCAUCCGGCUGCGGCACCUCUACACCGCCAGCAAGCACGGGCUCUUCAGCUACUUCCUCAGGAUCGGCGGCGACGGCCGCGUGGACGGCGCCAGCAGCCAGAGCCCGCACAGUCUGCUGGAGAUCCGCGCCGUGGCCGUGCGCACCGUGGCCAUCAAGGGCGUGCGGAGCGCCCGCUACCUCUGCAUGGACGCGGCGGGGCGGCUGCACGGGCAGCUCAGCUAUUCUACCGAAGAUUGUUCCUUUGAAGAGGAGAUACGCCCAGACGGCUACAACGUAUACAAAUCAAAGAAACAUGGGAUCUCUGUGUCUUUGAGCAGUGCGAAGCAGAGACAGCAGUUCAAGGGAAAAGAUUUUCUUCCACUAUCUCACUUUUUACCUAUGAUCAACACUGUGCCUGUGGAGUCAACAGACUUUGAUGAAUUCAGUGAUUAUAGCCAGGCUUUUGAAUCAGAUAUGUAUUCCUCGCCUCUUGAAACUGACAGCAUGGAUCCCUUUGGAAUUUCCUCCAAACUGUCCCCAGUGAAGAGCCCAAGCUUUCAGAAAUGACUCCAAUUACAAACCUGAUGUAAAAGAAAUUGCAGACUACUACAGGCUUUUAGCGUUUCAUGUACAAGUAUUUUGAACUUUUGUUUUUGGUAUGGAGCCAGACUUUUGCUUGCAGUGUGUUAUACCUGGAUGAUAUUGCUCUGAGGCUCUAUUCCA